AUGACUACCGAGCUUAGGGAUCUCUCUCAGCAGGGCCAGCAGACUACCCAUCAAGCCUUCCAGAAGACCACCCAAACUCGGCAGUAUAGGGCCCGUGAUAUUGAAGAGGAGGAGGAGGAGGAGAAGGAAGACAAUAACAAUGACACCAACAUUAACAACGAUUAUAACGAAGCUAUAUAUGAGACAGAGAGUGAGGAUAGAGAAAUACCGGAUGCCCUUAGUGCCUCUGAGGAUAGUGAUGACGACUAG